AUGACAGUUCCAGUGGCAGAUUGGAUUGAGAAGGCUCGAUCCAACAAGCACAAGCUGUUGCCUCUGUUCUUGGGUCAAGUUUUGUCUUUGUGCAUUACAGGCACCAGUACUGCCUCAUCCGCUCUAUGGAAACAUCACGGCAUCAGCAUCCCAUUCACACAAAACUUUUGCAACUACCUUUUGCUGGCCAUCGUAUACAAUAGUUUAUCUCGCAGUUGGUCGACAAAACGAAAUUGGUUGUACAUGAUUCAAGAAAAAAGCUUAAUUUUAUGGUUACCAGGUUUCGGAUAUUCAUUGGCAGAUGUUCAAGCCAAUGUUCUUGCUGUGCUUGCCUUUAAAAACACUUCGGUACUGUCAGCGUUGAUCGUCUCGUCGUGGACCCUUCCUUGUAUUAUGCUGUUGUCCACUUUAUGCUUGGGAGCUCGAUACCGAAUCUCGCAUUUUCUCGCCGUAUUUCUUUGUCUCUGCGGUUUAGCCAUUUUAAUUUAUGUUGAUACCAAGGAAGAUGAUGGCUCAAAAGUCAACCACAGCUGGAUUGGGGACCUGAUUUGUUUGCUAAGUGCCUCAUUGUACGCUGUGAGCAAUGUAGCCGAAGAAUAUCUCGUCAACAAGUUUGAUACCCAAAACUUUCUCGCCCUGGCUGGGUUCUGGGGCUCCUUGCUGUGCGGAGGUCAGGCGUUGAUAUUUGAAUAUGAACAAGUCUCCUCCAUUGAAUGGUCUUGGCCCGUCGUGGGAUUGAUCGGCACGUAUGUGCUGUGUCUAUUCACCAUGUAUUCGCUGGUUCCCACCUUGUAUCGAUGGUCGGGGGCUAUUUUUAUGAGCAUGAGUCUGACAACCAGCAACUUUUACUCAUUACUCAUUGGUCUGUUUUUCCUCGAAUCUCAGAUGCCUCCAUUUUAUCCCGUCGCAUAUAUCCUAGUGAUCGGUGGCGUGACGCUGUAUAACCUUGCCCCGUCACCCCAUCAAUACGCUGAUUAUCAACCACUUUAA